AUGGCACUUCCCACCAAAUUCUUCCUUUGGUUUUUCUACUUUACCUGGCUGUGUUCUCCUAUUAGCCUUGGUUCUCUGGCUUUUAGGGGACAAGCUCAGAUUGCAGCUAGUGCUGAGUUGGAAUCUGAGGUUGAUCCUUGGUCCUUGCUGCAGUCUGUAGAUGGGAGAGACAGAUCUGGCUUCCUUCCCCCUCUCUUCAAGGUUCUGUCUGAUGGUCAAGGUGGGACCCCUAGGCUGCAGCCAGACUCCAGAGCUUUGCACUACAUGAAGAAGCUCUAUAGGGCAUAUGCUACCAAGGAGGGGAUUCCUAAAUCCAACAGAAGUCACCUCUACAACACUGUUCGGUUCUUCACGUCUAGUGCCCAGCACAAGCAGGCUCCUGGAGACCAGGUGACAGGAAUCCUUCCAUCAGUGGACCUGCUGUUUAACCUGGAUCGUGUUACUGCCGUUGAACAUUUACUGAAGUCAGUCUUGCUAUACACUCUCAACGACACAGUUUCUUUUUCCUCUGCUGUUAAAUGUGUGUGCAACCUGGUGAUAAAGGAGCCAAAGUCUUCUAGCAAGACUCUCUCUAGAGCUCCAUACCCAUUUACCUUUAACUCACAGUUCGAAUAUAGAAAGAAGCACAAAUGGAUUGAGAUUGAUGUAACCACCCUCCUACAGCCACUAGUGGCCUCCAACAAGAGAAGUAUUCACAUGUCUGUAAAUUUUACAUGCAUGAAAGACCAGCUGCAGCAUCCUUCAGCACAGGAUGGUCCGUUUAACAUGAGUCUUCUGGUGCCCCCCUCACUGAUCUUAUAUCUGAACGACACAAGUGCUCAGGCUUAUCACAGGCGGUAUUCCCUUCACUAUAAAAGGAAGUCUUCACAGCGUGCUGACCAGAAGAGAAGUCUGUCUGUCUAUCCCAUGGGAGAAAGGCCUGCUGAGGGUGGAAGAUCUUCCCGUCACCGGAGAGGUCAGGAAACUGUCAGCUCUGAAUUGAAGAAGCCCCUAGUUCCAGCUUCCUUCAAUCUGACCGAAUACUUCAAACAGUUUCUUUUUCCCCAAAAUGAGUGUGAGCUCCAUGACUUUAGACUUAGCUUUAGUCAACUAAAGUGGGACAACUGGAUUGUGGCUCCAUACAGAUACAACCCUCGAUACUGUAAAGGGGACUGUCCAAGGGCGGUUGGGCAUCGGUAUGGCUCUCCAGUUCACACGAUGGUGCAGAACAUCAUCUAUGAGAAGCUUGACUCCUCAGUGCCAAGACCAUCAUGUGUACCUGCCAAAUACAGCCCCUUGAGUGUUCUGACCAUUGAGCCCGAUGGCUCAAUUGCUUAUAAAGAAUAUGAAGAUAUGAUAGCUACUAAGUGCACCUGUCGCUAACAUAUGGUCCUCUAAACUAAAACCUUGAGCCUGUUUGGCAAGGUAAAUGCUGUGCCUAUCUCUGCCUUCAGGAGAAAGCUUCAUGUGUUAAAUCUCUAAAUAUAAUACAGUGAAUGUUACAUAAGGAGGAGCCUGUGUAGAUUAGCACAUUCUGUGGCAUCUUUCAGUGUAGAGAGAUAAUAUCAGUUGGCUACUGAGCCUUUUUUAAUUUCCAAAUUUAAGUGAAAUUAUUAUUUUGGAAAGCUUUAAUUUUUCCUUGAGGAAUUUUUUUUU